UGUCUCAGGGGGAAUCAGAGGCUCUACCAGAAGAACCUGAAGCUGAGCCCUGCUGACAUGUAUCGCUGGAAACUUUCCUCUCAGGAGCCCUGCAGCAUGACGUGCUCUAUAGGCGUGUCAAAGUCCUUCGUCUCAUGUGUUCGCUAUGACGGUGUCGAGGUGCACGACAUGUACUGUGACGCUCUGACCAGACCCGAGCCCGUCCACGACUUCUGUAUCGGCAGAGAGUGUCAGCCCAGGUGGGAGGCGAGCAGCUGGAGCGAGUGCUCCAGGACCUGUGGCGAGGGUUUCCAGUUCCGGCAGGUCCGCUGUUGGAAGAUGCUGUCGCCGGGUCUGGACAGCUCGGUCUACAGCGACCUCUGCACCAUGGCCGACCUGGAGCGACCCGUGGAGAGACGGGCCUGCAAGAGUCCGGCCUGCGGGCCGCAGUGGGAGGUGGCCGAGUGGACUGAGUGUCCUGCGAAAUGCGGCCUCAAAGCCCAGGUGACCCGGGACGUCCGCUGCACCGAUGAGACCACACCAUGUGACCCGAUGACCAAACCACCGAACGUCAAAAACUGCACCGGUCCGUCCUGUGAACGCCACUGGACCGUGUCCGAGUGGGGACCCUGCUCGGGGUCGUGUGGCCAGGGGAAGACGGUGCGUCAUGUGUACUGUAAAGCUGCGGACGGUCGCGUGGUCCCGGAGAACCAGUGCUCGGCGGAGAACAAGCCGCUGGCCAUCCACCCCUGUGGAGAGAGGGACUGUCCUCCACACUGGCUGAGCCAAGACUGGGAGAGGUGCAACACCACCUGUGGUCGCGGCGUGAAGCACAGGAUGGUCAUGUGCGUCGGUAUCAGCGGAGGAAAGUUCCAGAUCUUUGACGAGGAGGCGUGCGAAGGCAGCGAGAAGCCGGAGGACGAAAACACCUGCUUCGAGAGGCCGUGCUUCAAAUGGUACACCACGCCCUGGUCGGAGUGCACAAAGACGUGUGGCGUGGGAGUGAGGAUGAGGGACGUGAAGUGUUACCAGGGCCGAGAGCUGGUCCGAGGCUGCGACCCCCUCACCAAACCUGUGGCCAAACAGACGUGCACCCUGCAGGCCUGUCCCACCGAGCCGCCAGAUGAGAGCUGCCAGGAUCGUCCCUCCACCAACUGCCUGCUGGCUCUGAAGGUGAACCUGUGCAGCCACUGGUACUACAGCAAGGCCUGCUGCCACUCCUGCCGCGCCGUGCGACCUCCACCCUCCUAGUCCAGGACGCCUCCCUCCACCCGACUCCGGCACCAGGAAGCACACGGCUGUGUUUCCUCCUGCAGCGGUUACUGUGAAUAAUGAGGAGGAUAAAGAGCUGGAAGUGGGUUUUUUUAAGAAGCAGAACUUCCUCCAAUAACUUUGGAUUCACGUCGCUCCAUUUGUCACUUUGAUAGUUUUAAUGAUCCAAAAUGAAAUCUGCUCAUCUCAUCAGACUUUUAAUGAAUCAACUGCAACAUUCACAUAAAAACACAGUUUCUCUUUGUUCAUGUCUUUUUUUUCUAGAUCAU